AUGGCCGACGAAGAGGAGCGCGUCAAGGCUGAGAAGCUCGCCGCUGCCAAGAAGCGCGUCGCGGCCCUGCAAAAGAAAAAGAAAGCCGGGAAGAAGGGCAGUACAUCCGAGUCAGCGAAGGAGGCUGAAACCGCAGAAACGACGUCACAAGCAAAAUCACAACCAGAACCAGAAUCCGAACAACCGCAAUCAGAGCAAGCCGGCGACGAAUCUGGAGCUGGAGCUGGAGCUGCAACAUCACCACUACCAGCAGAAGAUGAUGGCGAUAAAUCACCACAACAAUCGGCGGAGGCAGAGAAGGCCACAGAAGCAACAGGAGAUGAAGAUGAAGAUGAAGGGACCGAACCAAUGCCUGACCUCCCCACAGCCAACACGACAACGUCAACACCAUCCCCCGCCCCAGGGACAACAUCCGACGAUGCAUCGAGCGGAAAACUAGAGGCGCCGCGGGCCGGGCACACACGGCAGCCAUCGCUGUCUAUCCAGUCGAAGAUGCGCUCGUCGUCGUUCCGGAAGACGUCCAUUUCGCAGGGCAGUGCUUCGGCUACAUCUCCGUCUGCAACGCUGAAGUCACCGUCGUUGCCGCCGCUCAGUGCGGAUGGGGAGGCUGUGCAGGAGGUAUACAGGAAGCAGUCUGGGCGGAUUGAGGAGCUGGAGAAGGAGAAUAAGAGGCUUGAGAAGGAGGUUGAGGAGGUUAGUGUGCGGUUUAAGAAGACAGAGGACCAGCUGGAGGAUUUGAGGGAGGCGAAUGUGGAUGUUGCGGAGUUGAAGGAGAAGUUGAGGAUUGCGGAGGGGAAGGUUGAGGGAGUUGAGGAGUUGAAAGCUGAAAUCGCUUCGCUCCAGAGACAGACGUCGCAUCUCCAAACACGCACGCAUCGAAACGCCAGUGGAUCUGUCUCUGCGCAGUCAGAAUCCCCUCCGUCAGACCUCGUGCAGCAGCUCGAGUCGAAAUCCGCGGCCAUGGAAGCAAUGGAACUCGAUAUCUCCAACCUCCGCGCACAAAUCUCCACACAGUCCGCACACGAGUCCCAGAUAGCAGCACUAGAGGAGAAGCUGUCGCGCAGCGAAUCCACGCUCGAGAAGACGCAGCGCGAACUCUCAGACAGCAAGAACGCACUCACGCGCGCGUCCGAAAAGGCUGUGAAAGAAGGCGUCGACAAGACGUCUACAGAAACCCUAAUCAAAAGCCUCCAGCGUGAGAUCGAAGAACUAAAGGGCGAGAAAACCGAAGCGGAAAAGAAAAUCGAGACCCUGGAAAAGAAAAUCGAAGCCAUCGGUAAUCUACACAAGGAAUCCGAAGCCCGACACCAGACCCGCCUCCGCGAAAGCGAGAAGUUCGAACAGGAAGCCGCCAUCCUGCGCAAGAAACUAGCCAGCACCGAGAACGAGAACCUCCGCCUAAAGGAAGAACAAGAAACGCUCCGCAAACGACACGCCGGCAGCGGCAAUACCGGCUCGGCAGGAGGAGGAGCAGACGACGACGACCUCGACGACCUCGAAGACGAAGAGCGCUCCCGGCUCCAGCGUCGCAUCCGCAAUCUCGAAGGCGAAGUCUUCGAACUCCGCCGCGGCGUCUGGCAAGAGAAGCGCCAGGAACUCCAGCCCGGCCCGGACGCAUACAGUCCUGACGAGUACGACACCGCGAACGCGAACCCGGCAUCCGCGAAUGCUUUCGACGACGUGGACCUCGUCGGUGGAAGCCCCGAACAUUCGCGCCGGCGCAGCAUGGCCCAGAGGAACCAGCACUCCUCCUUCUCCACCGUGCUAUCCAGCGGCCUUGCUGCCUUCACGGGUGGUGGGUCACCGUUCUACUCCUCCCCGUCUCCAUCUCAAAGCCAACAAGGGCACCACCACCCCCCUGCUACGCGUGGCAGCUUAGAGCUCCUCUCCGAAGAGAACCUCGAGGAUGAAUUUGAUGAGGCGGAGUUUGCGCGCGCGCAGGCGGAGGAGGAGGCUAGGAAGCGGGUUGAGUGGGUGCGGAAUAUUAAGAAGCAGUUGAAGGAUUGGAAUGGGUGGCGGUUAGAUCUUGUUGAUAGUCGUGCUGGGGCCGAGGGGGCCGGGGUUGGGAUGGGAGAGAUUUUUGAGAUAUAG